AUGGAGUCCAUGGAUUACAACUACUUUGCGGCUGCACCGCAGCCCUACCAGUACAUGGGAUAUGGCGAGUUCCCACAAGUUAGCGGUGACGGCAUGGGUGCAACACCGAGUAUGGAGAACCUCGACUCGACUGCCUUCAACCUCAACUCGUUCGACUAUAACUUUGACGCAUCGCUCGGUCAGGGAACAGGCCUCACACCCAUGCCCGCAACGUCCGCAUCUCCGCCCGCCCAGCAAAUCUCGAUGCUGCCCAACGGAUCCGUAGACAGUGGAAUCGCGAUGGACAUGGAGAACGAGCCUUCAGGCAGAAGAGGCAGCAGCGAGGAGAAGGACUCUCUUACUCCAGCACAAUCAAGGCGGAAAGCACAAAACCGAGCAGCACAACGAGCAUUCAGAGAACGAAAAGAGCGACACGUGCGAGACCUGGAAGCCAAGCUCAACCUCCUCACAACCACCACCUCAUCAUUACAAUCCGACAACGAGCGCCUGAAGCUCAUGCUGCAAAGAGCACAAACCGAAAACGAAAUCCUCAGGGCGACUGCCUCGUCAUCACCGACGUCACACCACCCACCCGGCUUCGUCGACGACCCCAGUCUGCUGCCCCCUUCUAGACAAUCGAAAAGCUCCCCAUCGCACGACCAAAACGUCGACGCCUCCAGACUAACCAAUGGCCUCCUCUCGACAGAAUCCUCUACCUCCCCAGGCACAUUCCGCAGCUCGCCCGGAAGCGAAAGCCACCUCCUCUCGGCCAGUGCCACCUGGGAUCUACUACAAUCACACCCGCUCUACCUCUCCGGCGCCGUCGACAUCGGCGAGGUAUGCGAGCGCCUCAAGAAAAUGGCGCGCUGCGACGGCAUGGGCCCCAUGUUCGAGGAGGACGAGGUCCGCAAGGUGAUUGAGGAAGUCGGCAGGAGUGGUGGCGACGAAUUGAUAUGA